AUGCUGCUCAGAGGAUUACGAGCCUGUGCUGAACGUGCCUCGAAGCCGCGCACGACAAACUUGGAUCGAAUUUCGAAGACCACCAAGGAAUUGUUGGAAAGAAGAAAGGCUUUGAGGCUUGAUCCGAAUGCAUCGCACAUUGAGCGGUUAGUAACGAACACUAGCUGCAGAAAAGCGUUGCAGGAUCUUUUGAAGUACAGGCAGGAGAAGAUCCUGGAAGCAGCACAAAGAAGAACGAGUCUAAAGAAGAGCCGCAGGGAUCUCCGCGAAUAUAAUAUUCCGCUAGCAACCUUGCUGAGCGAAGACGGGACUCGCACGUCUUCUCGUCGUGAGAUGGAAAUCAUUACGGAGAGGUUCUACUCGAAUCUUUUCCGUUCAUCAACUCCUGUGUCAAGCCCGAUCAUCCCCACUGGUGAAGCUCCACCACGGAUUCUCCCUUCGGAAGUACGAGUCGCUAUCAAGAGCAUGAAACCUGGCACAGCUCCCGGACCUGAUUUUAUAUCAGCAGACUUUCUUCGGGCUGACCAGUUGAAUACUUCGCGAACCGUUCUUAUCCAUAAGAAAGCUGACCGAGAGGACCUUCGGAACUACCUCCCGAUAUGCUUGCUGAGCGUGUUAUACAAAGUAUUCACCAAGAUCAUUCUCACGCGCAUAUCUAGGACGCUGGAUGAAGCCCAGCCUCAAGAACAAGCUGGAUUCCGCCAGGAGUUCAGCUGCUUGGACCACAUCCAGACCGUGUCGAGGGUCAUAGAGGUUUGCCGGAAAUACCGCCUGCCCCUUGUUCUAACCUUUGUCGACUAUGAGAAAACCUUUGACAGCGUAGAAACGAAUGCAAUACUGUCAGCGCUGGUCGACCAAGGUGUGGACGCGUCGUAUGUGAGGACAUUAGCCAAUUGCUACGAUCGAUGGACGACUAGGAUACAGCUUUUCCACCGUCCUCUCACCAUACCCAUUGGGAAGGGGGUACGACAAGGCGAUACUAUAUCGCCAAAGCUGUGCACGGCUGCAUUACAAUGGAUAAUGAAAUCAUUUUCCUGGAAAGAAAGGGGCAUACGUGUUGAUGGAAGAUUUCUCUCGAACCUUCGUUUCGCGGACGACAUUCUUCUCUUUUCCAGCAGUACCAAUGAAGCAGAGACGAUACUCAACGAAUUGAACGAAGCCCUGAAGAGAAUAGGACUACGAAUAAACAGAAAGAAGACACAGUUCAUGAGGAACACCUACUGCGAGGACGGAGGAGUACAACUUGGAGGCUUCCAAAUCGUGGAAACAUCGUCAUACGUAUACCUCGGACGUUCUAUGAACAUGAAAACGACUUGA